AUGAACGAGGAGCUGGGCCAAGUAUACACGAUUCUCACGGAUAAGACUGGGACUUUGAGAGUACGUAUAAUGUGCAGUAUAAUGUACGAGAGGCUGUCAAACUCUCAGAGUACGUAUGGUGAAGCGACACAGAAGCACAUAAAUGAUUACGCUGAUGCUGGCCUGAGGACACUAGUUCUUGCAUACCGUCAACUUGAGGAGAUCGAAUACACUAAAUUCGAAAGGAACUUCACAGCAGCUAAGAAUUCUGUCAGCGCUGAUCGGGAUGAGCUGAUUGACGAAGCGACAGAUUUGAUAGAGAGGGAUUUGAUUCUGUUUGGAGCCACCGCCGUUGAGGACAAGCUGCAAAAGGGGCGAUAUUUGGCCAAUUUUAUGAACUUAAAAUCAGAUGCUCUUUUUCACAGAUAUGCCUGCAGUCUACUCAGACAAGGGAUGAAACAAAUAACCAUCACACUGGAUACACCAGAUAUCAUUGCCUUGGAGAAAGGUGGUGACAAAGGAGCCAUUAAUAAGGUAGAUAAAGUAUUGCAGAUUAUAGUUACCGAGUCCUCUGUCUAG